CCGAUUAAAGUAAGUAAUGGGUCUGUAGUACGGAGAUAUUAUCGUUGUAUAAGGCACAUUUAAAAAGCAAUUUAAUGAUUUGUAAGAUCGCUCGGAGGCGGUAUGAAUUUGAAAGUUAAAAUGUUGGAACGACGGAACGACUGGGUGUUGAGAAUGGGAGAAUGGGGAAUUGGGACGCAGACGGCAUUUCCCGCCAACUCGUGUACACCGCCUCGACCUCGCCGAGUCCGCAAACAGAAGCAGCCAUCGUGAAGAGUUUCCCUUCAGCAAGCCGUCAACAUGUUGAGCGUGGCGCAAGCAGUUCACCAUCCGGAAACACCGGGAUCGGGGUCAAAACAUUCGGUGCGCCCUUGGUCUUCAGAAAGACCUAAUAUGCUCAAGCGUAGAAAGACAGAGUCGGAUUGUUGUGUUGUUGACAAGAAAUCGGCUAAGAGCUCAAUAGAGAAUUUAACAAAGUCUUUGAAUUUUAAUAAUCCAGAGAUAACUUUGACUCUCAUUCAUAAAAAUAACAAUCAAAAUGAAUUCAAGGAACUUUUACAUGGUAAAAUAAAGACAUCCCCGGUUAUUGAAAAGAAAGAAUCGACCGUUAAUGACAACAAGACUCAAGAAGAGAUAAAAGAGAGUGACAGAAUACCCACCAAUAUACCACCUGUAGUUAUUUAUUUUUUAGAGAAUUCAGAGGAAAUUCAAUUAACGAAGCUUGGUUCAAACGAGAAUAUAAAGUUAAUAAAUCAGAGUGAAAUUAAUAAUUCGGAAAUUGAGGAAAGUGAGCAAUGUCUACCUGAAUCCGUUGAAAAGUUGACCGAUACUUCGAAGCAAAAAAAUAACUUUCUUGAUUCAAAUUCAAUAGAACUUUCGGAAGUCACUAUCGAACCAUGCCCAAAUUUUAAUAAAUCCAAGUUAGUAGAGUCGCCGCUUCCUCCUACUUUGAACGAUUCUAAAGUACGAAAAAUUGUUAAAACUCAAACGAAGCUAGAAAAAGCCCAAGAAUUAUUAAAGAGAAAGGAACAGUCGAUAAGUAGGUCUCUUGUCUCUUCUAGCAUUAAUGAAACUCUCGAGACUAAUUUAAAAGUAACUUUUAAUUAUGAGGCUAAAUCUGACAUUUCUGAAACAGUUACGGAGUCAAACUUUGACUCAUCUAAUUGCAUGAAACAAACUUCUCUGUUCGAUGAAGAAUCAGAGCAUCAUGUACCUGUUUCGUCAAUCUCUGAUUUUGAACCUUUCAAUUUUGGAGUUUCUUGCGAUCAUUUUUAUGCAAACAACAAGGACAAACCAUAUUACACUACUGGAUUUCCAAAUCCACCGGGAGAAAAUAGAUGUUGGACUAACGCAACUUUACAAGCAUUAUUUACAUUACCUAUAAUCAGUAAGCUGAAUACCUUAGAUAUGCCUGAAUGCUCAAAAUUAAUAACGUCACUCAUUAAUAUACAAACACUUUGGCAUAAAGGAAAUACCGGUAGUCAUCAUUUUGACCAAAUAUUUUCCAUUUUUAAAGAAGAAUUAUCUACGCUAGAUAAGUUAUAUUCUUCCAAAGCUCAGCAAGAUGUUUCUGAGUUUGUCAUGAAUUUAUUAAAUUUUAUAAAAACCGAAUUUGAAAACUUAUUAAUAAAGGAAGUACAUAGCAAUGAAAUUGAAAAUAUACCAAAUAAUGAACAAGAUACACUUCCAAGAGCGCAAAGUAGUACAAACGACUCAAACAAAAGAUUACCCUUGGCUGAUAUUUCUGCUUUUGCUGGACAGCUUAGAAGUAAUAAUCUUGCUGCACAUAAUGGACAACAAGAUGUUUUAAAUGUUAAAGCAAAUACAUCGCCAAUAAAAUUAAAGCAGGAUAAUCAAAUUGAAAUAAACUCUAAUCCAAUCGAUGAAUACUUUUCACUGUUCAUGAUGGAAAACUAUGUCUGUGAUAAUUGUUCGAAACAAAGACAACAAAAAGUUGAAAAUUUAAUACUAUUUAUCGAUUUGCCAUCCGAAGAUCAUGGGACCACCGUCAAUUUAGUUGAUUUAAUUAAUACAACAUAUGCUUUGGAACAGAGACAUAUGACAUGCGAGUCAUGUAAGCAUGAUGUGCACAGCAUGGUAACAAAAUUGAAAAAACUUCCUAAAAUUCUUAUAGUCCAAGUAAAACGAUACGAAAUGACAAAAGACGGAAUAAUAACAAAAAAAUGUACUUUGGUUGAUAUCCCAAAACUGCUGAAACUUAAUUCUCUUGUAAUCAACAACGAUGAAGAGUUUAAUCAUUUUCCAGAAUAUGAACCAAUUUGUAUAAUAUCACAUAUAGGUGAUAAUAUCGACUCUGGACAUUACAUAAGCUUUGUAAAGCACGAAGGCAAUUGGUUUUAUUACGAUGAUAUGAAUGUAAAAUUACUUUCCGAUGAUGAAGUUUUUAAAUGCAUUCAAAGUAACGCCUAUGUAAUUUUCUAUCAAGACACUCGACUUAAUGAAAAUCUUAAUAUUACAAUUGAUCAAAAAAGCAAAAAGGAAAGUAUUACUUGUUAACAGUAAAUACGUGUAUAA